AAAGAAUCUAUAACCUCCCAAUUUUUCCACCUUCACACGAAAAACCUUUAGUGACGCUAAUGGCUCCCUGCUUCGGAAGUCGCCUCCCUUUCGCUUGCAAGUUAUAUACAGAAGGAACGGAAGACUUGAUGUUUCUACAAAAGGAGAGAAUUUCUUCAGUAGCAUAUUUGAAAUCUCCUGGGAGGAUAAUGAGUUACGUGAAUGGCAAGACAAAAACAAACCCAUGUGAUUUCAUGAUUUCUCACAAGCCGCCCAGUGUCCCUCAUUGCUAUCCAUUUGACCACUCAUUUCAUGUACUAUAUCAUAGUCCUUCUUCAGUCUUCACCACUACAGCCUCUCAUCAUAGCCUAGCAUAUCCUUCAACAUAUAUAUGCAGUUUGUUAGGUAUAUUGAAACUUGUGGUACCUAGUUUUCUUCUUGUCUGCUAUAGAUAAAGGAGGUAGGGAACAUAUGUUUCUAUCCAAGUAUAUACAGUUUGGUAUCAUUUGCAUGUGAAAUCUAAGUGGGGCUGAAGUUCCCCAUGUGAUCUCUCACAAGCUAGUGUUCCUAACUGGAGCCCAACUCAGUUCUUCUUCACCAAGCAUUUCAUCUACCAGAUGAUUUACGGCAUACCAUCUCACCUAUAUAUACACACAUGAUCAACUUCAUGAGCAACUCAACUCCUCUCAUUGCAAGUAUCAAAUAAAGCUCUCUGUUUCCCAAGUCCUUUCAAUUUUUUCCUCCUCUUUUGAUCACUUCAGUAAUAUAGAAACCAUGGGUUUCCGAUUGCCUCGAAUUGCUAACACAAAGACAUCAGUUAUCCCAAAAGGCCACCUUGUGGUAUAUGUUGGAGAGAGCCAGAAGAAACGAUUUGUGGUUCCAAUAUCAUAUUUGAACCACCCUUUGUUUCAAAAUUUGCUGAGUCAAGCUGAAGAAGAAUUCGGAUACCAUCAUCCAAUGGGUGGAAUCACAAUUCCUUGCAGUCAGGACACCUUCCUUGAUGUCACUUCCCGCCUAAGUGUGUGAGUCAAGCACACUAAUGAAGUGACGUUGGAUCCAAAAACAUCCUCAUUUGGAAACUCGCAACUGAGUCAAGAUCAAGAAGAGGCUAACUCAUCAUCUACUGAAUCAAGUUGCCACUUGCGCCGAGGGGUAUUCCGAGCUGAUUCUGAGCUGAUAAGAAGAAGGAAGAAUCAAAUCACAUCUCAUGAAGCAGGCAAAUGACACUGCAUCAACUCUCCAAGACAACUACUGUGUACUGUCUAAAGUUCUUGACACCAAAUUUUGAAUCCCAUGUAAAAAAAUUGUCCUCCAGAAAAAUUAUGGGAAUAUACAAUAUAUUUCAAAUUAUCCUGAUCAA